CCGCGGUACCUGCUGACUUCCAUGGCAUUCGCUGACCUGCUGAAAGGGUUGGUAGUGGUACCCCUGAGCGUGUACCCUACCCUAUACCACUGCUUCCCGUACCCUCGCCUGCUGUGCGCCGUGCAAGCCAUCCUGCUGCCGCUUCUGCACCAUCAAGCAGCACUGACGCUCUCCCUGCUCGCUCUCGAUCGCUACUGCUGUCUGCUGCAUCCGUCGUCCUAUCAGAAUCACGCAUCUAGACCGUUGUGCGUGAUCGCGGUGGUGCUUUCGUGGGCGGUUGUGGUCGGGAUCCACGCCGGGCUAUACGUUCCCUCGCCGCAGUUCUACUUCAACUACCUCGGGAGUCAAUCCUGCGAACCCUUCCACACGGUCAACUCCAAGAUCAUCAUCGUCGCCUGCGCUGUGUACUUCCCCACGACUAUGAUGUUGAUGAAGGAGAGACGCGAGAGCAUGAGAACGUGCCGGGUGAUGGCGGUGGUGUCCCUAUCUUUCAUCAUCCUCAUCACCCCCUGGACACUACGGCAGAUCAUCACGGCUUGCACGAAUUCUAGGAUCCCCGGCGGCCUGGACUACGGCGUGUGGGUGGUAAGCGUGGGCGGAGGGACAGUCAUCAUCUUCGUCUUUUGGUUGUUUUCCCCCGUAUUCCGGCGAGCCAUGGAGGAGACGGUGCAUAACAGGGUGUGCUGCGGCAACGUCUACUACGACGAGGGCGAUGACGUCAGCCUCUCGCACCUGUCCCACAACGGCGAACACCUGUGGAAGGCCGGACCGAACCUCUGCGCGUCUCACACCCCAGCAUGCCCCGCCGCCGCCCACGCUCAACCUCUCCCCGCCGAGUUCGCCCACACGCCCGCGCCCCUCCACCGCAGCAUGGGCGCCCUCAGCUGCAACGCCACGCCCCGACACCUCGUGAAUGGGCGGACUCCGAGCUCGGCGGCGAGGAAUAACGGCGCGGGAGACAUCGAGGUUGGAGAGAAGUUCUGGGGAGAGAUCCUGGAACGAACCGUCUCUUCUUCGUCACUCCAGAACCUCCAGAGAAUUUACCGCAACGGGUCAUCAGGGCACCCGGAGCUCCGUCUCAACCAGGCGUCCAACUGGCAUAUUUGAAUGCCCUUCGAGGUCAAUGCAGGUCAACGCAGGUCAACGCAGACUCUGUUGACUCGAAGUUGGUCUGCUCCGAGGGCUAUUCAAAUCACUGGCUUGACCUCUGACCUUUGAGGUUCUAAUGAGGAAGGAGGCGUCAACGCGAAGGUCAUGUCAGGUCACGAGAACUAGGACAAUCAUCGUA